AUGUGUCCAUUGUGUUCUUAUGAAGAUGAGUCUGUGUUACAUGCUUUAAGGAGUUGCCCUUGCACUCUUGAUGUUCUUCGACAUGCUGGCAUACCUGUUUCUAUCUCAUUGAGUGAUAUUGAUCCUCUUGUUUUAUGGUUAGAAGAGGCUCUAUCUAUUUUGGGACUUGAUGAUUUUGUUGGGUUCUUAGUCUACUUGUGGAAUGUGUGGAACAAUCGUAAUUCCUUUGUGCAUGAUGCCAAAUUUCAACAGUCUUGGAUUCUGGUGUCGACAGCUAAAACACUUCAUCAUGAGUACUUGCAAGCAAUGGCUUUAGAUCGGAUGCAUGAGAAUCCUUUCAUUCAACACAAUAGAUGGUUACCUCCUCCACCAGGUGUGAUUAAGAUAAAUUUUGAUGGUUCAUUUGAUAACAAUGGGCGUCUGGCUUCUAUUGUGGUGGUAGCUCGUGAUCAUAAUGGUUUGGUGCAAGGGGGUUUGGCACAAGUCUCUGGAAGAUGUGCUGAUCCUACUUUUGUUGAAUUCUUUGCUUUGCUUGCUAGUUUACGCCUAGUUAAUGAGAAAGGGUGGUUGGAUUUGCAGUUUGAAUCUGAUUCUCAAAUAUUUGUGAACAAAAUUACACGGGACUCAUGGGCCACUUGUUCUGGUAGUGCAUUUUUCUUUGAUUCGAUUUGUCCCGAUAUCAUUGCUAGUGUCAUUAGCAAAGAUGUAAUUACUUCUUGA